CUCGGGCCUCCGACUUCCGGUUCCGCGGGCCUCUCUCGCUCGCGAUGGAGGAACCCGAGAUGCAGCUCAAGGGAAAGAAAGUCACAGACAAGUUCACUGAGAGCGUCUAUGUUCUGGCAAACGAACCGUCAGUGGCACUGUACCGGCUGCAGGAGCAUGUGCGCCGCUCACUGCCUGAGCUGGCCCAGCACAAGUCUGAUAUGCAGCGGUGGGAAGAGCAAAGCCAGGGAGCCAUCUACACAGUGGAAUAUGCCUGCAGCGCUGUGAAGAACCUGGUGGACAGCAGCAUCUACUUCCGCAGCGUGGAGGGCUUGCUCAAGCAGGCCAUCAGCAUCCGGGACCACAUGAAUGCCACCUCGCAGGGCCACAGCCCAGAGGACCCAGCCCCGCCCCCAGUGCCAGCCUUGACCAUGCCCCCAGCACGGCCAUGCCCUCCCUCAACUGAUGGACAUAUGGGGUCCCACGGCCUCCGCCCAGAGGGAACUGAGGCUCAAGAGGCAGCCAGCCUGGCUUCUUCCUGUCUGGACCCCUUCCCCACAGGUUGACCAUGGCUCAAGUCAGCCACUGGCCGAGGCUGGACCCUUGAACACUGCCACGGGGCCUGCAGAGUCCACACCUCCCUCCUUGUGCCACAAGCCCUGGGAUCCAGCCAUGGCAGACCAGCCCGGCCCUGUGCCCUGCAUGUACCCACACUGUGCCAGAGGCCUCUCUCCUGUCCUCCUGAGACAGCACCUGAGGACUGUGUCACCCCAAUGCAGAUGGAAGAAGUCUCAAGGGCCCUGCCUCCAAUGUGCUUGUGAUGCAGGGCCUGGUGGCCCUCUCUGCUUCUCCCGUUCUUCAUCUGUGAAGUGAAAUGAACACACUUGUACCUGUCUACCUACCCUGUUAUCUCGAGCUCCAGGGGUGAUGGGAGACCUUGGCUGGGCCAAUCAGAGCCUGGUGUUUCCCAGGUUACCGUAAGCCAAUGAGAAGGCUUCUCCAAGAAUUUUGAGCCCUGAGAAACUUUUCAGCUAUUGAUGUAGGUGGAUGGAUGGCCAAAUACCCGAGGGGUGGGGCAGGGGGAAUCUCAGGAGACCCUGGAUCCAGCCACACCUGUCACUGGAAAAUCUCCAUUCUUCAGGUUCAAAAGAUCUUUACAUGGUCCUUUCUGGCUAACAU